AUGGUGCAAAAAUAUCAGUCCCCUGUUAGAGUCUACAAGUACCCGUUUGAGCUAGUGAUGGCGGCAUACGAAAAACGUUUUCCAACUUGCCCAGAGAUCCCAGUUUUUCUGGGGAGUGAGAUCCUUCGCGAUUCCAAGAGUGAAGAUGGAGCCAUUCAUGUCAUUGAAAGGAGUUGCAAAUUGAACGUAGAUGCACCUCGGUUACUCAAGAAAAUUGCUGGGGUGGAAUAUGUGUUUUUCAUUCAGAAGAAUACGGUGAACUGGAGAGAGAGAACACUCGUUAUUGAAGCUCAUAAUGAGACCUUCGCCAGCCGUGUUAUUGUCCUGGAGACAUGCAACUACUCGGUCCAUCCGGAGAACGAAGAUUGGACGUGUUUUGAACAGUCUGCAUCCCUUGACAUCAAGUCAUUCUUCGGGUUUGAAAACACGGUGGAGAAAAUCGCCAUGAAGCAAUACACUGCCAACAUCAAGCGGGGCAAAGAAGUCAUUGAGCAUUAUCUAAAGGAACUGAUCUCCCAAGGGAUCACAUUCGUCCCUCGGUGGACUCCGCCGGAAGUCCAGGGGAGCCUCCGGAAGAGGAGUCCAUCCGGAAGCGAUGACGGUACAAUAUCGCAGGAAACCCACCCGCAGGGGAGCGAGAAAGAACAGCGAGGCACUGCCUGCCCUGCGGGGGAGGCUUCAACUCCUGAAGGGGAUAAACUGGAUGCUGAUUAUAUAGAGCGUUACCUGGGGCAAUUAAGUCCCAUGCAGGAAAGCUGCUUGAUCAGACUUCGUCAGUGGCUCCAAGAAAUGCAGAAAGGAAAGGUUCCCAAAGAUGAAUACAUUCUCCGUUUCCUGAGGGCUCGGGACUUCAAUAUCGAUAAGGCUCGGGAAAUGCUCUGCCAGUCCUUGGCAUGGCGAAAGCAAUACCAGGUGGAUUACAUUCUGCAAACCUGGAGGCCACCUUCCCUUUUGGAAGAAUUCUACGCUGGGGGCUGGCAUUACCAAGACAAAGACGGAAGACCCCUGUACAUCCUCCGCCUUGGGCAAAUGGACACCAAGGGGCUUGUGAAGGCUCUGGGAGAGGAAUCGCUUCUUCGCCAUGUCUUGUCAAUUAAUGAGGAGGGACAAAGGAGAUGUGAAGAAAACACCAACCUCUUGGGCCGCCCCAUCUCAUCCUGGACCUGUUUAGUUGAUCUUGAAGGGCUGAACAUGCGCCAUCUCUGGCGUCCUGGUGUAAAAACCCUCCUUAGGAUUAUUGAAGUGGUUGAGGACAACUAUCCAGAGACUUUAGGGAGGUUGUUGAUCGUGCGAGCACCAAGGGUAUUCCCUGUUCUCUGGACUUUGGUGAGCCCCUUUAUCAAUGAAAACACCAGGCAGAAAUUCCUCAUUUAUAGUGGCAACAACUAUCAGGGUUCUGGAGGACUUGUUGAUUAUCUGGAAAAAGACGUGAUUCCAGACUUCCUUGGAGGAGAAUGUGUGUGUAAUGUGGCUGAAGGUGGGCUUGUCCCCAAAUCCUUGUAUCAAACAGAUGAAGAGUCCGAAACUGCGGAUCAUAUUCGUCUCUGGACGGAAACCAUCUAUCACUCUGCAAAUAUUUUCAAAGGGGCUCCCCAGGAGAUCGUUGUGGAGAUCCUGGAAGGCGAAUCGGUGAUCACUUGGGAUUUUGACAUCCUCAAAGGAGACGUGGUGUUUAGUCUUUUCCACUCCAAACGAGCCCCCGAGACUGUCCGGAAGGAAUCUGCCAUGCCAACCGCUUUGACGUCUGGGGAAAACGUACCACUCAUUGGCAAGAGUUGGAUCCUGGGAGUGGAUUACAGCCGCGUGGAGACGCCCUUGGUCUGCCGUGAAGGCGAGAGCAUCCAGGGUUCCCAUGUGACUCGCUGGCCAGGUUUUUACAUCCUCCAGUGGAAAAUGCACAGCCCAAUUCCCUGCACAGGGACCAGCCUCUCUCGGGUUGACGACGUCUUGGCUACGCUCCAGGUCUCUAAUCACAAAUGCAAGAUCCUAUAUUAUUACGAGGUGCUUGCAUCCAAGGAGUUCAGGUAG